AUGCGGAUACCAUCCAUGGAUGAUGAUGGAUGGAGUGCAGUUCUCCGUAUGGAGUGCAAAAAAACACCAUUCGUCCAACCAGGGUUUCUGAUGGCCGAAGAGAGACUUCAUUUCUGCAGCUCUGCGAGCCAGAAUUUAUCGGCCGGCCGGUUUCUCUUCAGUUCUCCUCCUCCUGUCAUCUCUGCUGCCUUCGAGAAAGGGGAAAGGGGGCAGAUCACAUCCUGGCGGCUUGCAUCUGCAAAAAAGCAAAGCGAGCUCCUCCGUACAUCCGUUCUCAUCAAGCACCACCAGACAGGGACACUCGCUGGGGGUGGGAACAGGUAUCUUGCAUGCACGGGGCCUUCCGUCCGUACCUUCACAGUAGCGUGUAAUUAUCAAAAUGUCUGUGUGAGGGCUGAGAUGGCUGAUGGCUGA